AUGGUGAUUGAUGAUAUUUAUGCAGAUUUGCUUUCGUUCCUUUCGUUCCUUUCGCUUGGAGGUUAUAUUUCAUGCAGAUCUGCUUCAAUCAAAACAAAUGCCCUAAAAGCUAGUGAUAUAAAGGGAUCAAACCUUCUUAUUGACAAUGAUGGAGUUCUUAAAAUUGCUGAUUUUGGAUUAGCAUCGUGCUUUGAUCCUCAUCACAAGCAUCCUAUGACCAGUAGAGUGGUGACCUUAUGGUAUCGUCCUCCCGAACUUCUUCUCGAGGCCACCGAAUAUGGUGUCAGAGUGAACCUCUGGAGUGCUGGCUGUAUUCUUGCUGAAUUGUUGGCCGGAAAGCCAAUUAUGCCUGGUCAAACAGAGGUUUUUCUCUCCAUGGCUUCUCUAUUUUCGCAACUUGACUUUGUGAUUUGUGCUUCAGAUUUUGCUGGUAAUAUAAUAUGGUGGAAGGAGAGAACCGCAGGUACCGUAAAGUUCCCGAAGAAGAACAAAAGCAUUGCUGAGUGUGGUUUUUUAGCUAACUUUUCUCAAAAGCUUCAAAAGCUUGAGGAGUAUCGCAUGAACCAGAAAUCCAUUGAUUCAAUGGAAGUGCAGCGAUUAGAAUCUUCUCUGCAUGAGAAGAAAGUAUUGGAGAUGAUUGGAAGAAAGUUAAAAAAGAAUAGUGUUGCACUUGACAUUGUCAAUUUCGGUGAGGAAGAUGAGGGAAAGACAGAGCUGGAAACACUCCUUGUAGCUGUGAACAAUAAUGAUACCAGCCACAUUGUUCAUGUUCUAGCUGGUACAAAUGCUCUUUCUGAUGUGCUUAUAAGCAUACCUAUUUUUACUGGCAAUGGUGAAGGUGGAAGUGGAUUUGCAGCUGCUGCAGCAGCAGCUGCAGCUGGUGGUGUAUCUGGAUUUGAGUUCGGUGUGGAUCCAAACUUGGACCCUGAGCUUGCUCUUGCUUUAAGAGUUUCAAUGGAACGAGAGAGUCAGGCAGAAAGCAGCUAUAAAAAAAGCUGCAGAAGAAGCUUCUAA